AUGAACUCUUCAACAACGGUUCUUUUUAUUCCUGGUGCGUGGCACAGCCCUGAAUGUUUCGACAAAGUGAUUCAACGGCUGGAAGCCGAUGGUUACAUCACGGAUGUCGUUCACUUGCCCUCUGUGGGCGCUAUUGAACCUCAUUCCGAUUUCUCCAAAGAUGUACUACAGAUCAGAAAACAGAUCGAGAUUGCUGUGAAUGCUGAGCAAAGAGUCGUGGUCGUGUCGCACUCAUAUGGUGGCCUCCCAGGUUGUGAGGCGGUUUGCGGAUUAGACUGGGCAACUCGACAGCGCCAGAAUAAACCAGGGGGUGUUGUUCAUCUUUUCUUUUGCUGUUCGUUUAUCGUUCCGGAGGGAAAAUCUUUGAUUAGUUCUUUUGGCGGUGAUGACCUCCCUUGGUUCCAAGUCUCGGACGAUCGUUUGGUUGUGACGCCGGCUAAACCCAGAGAAACAUUCUACAACGACAUGGACGAACUUGAUGCAAAAGCGGCUGCCGGAGCUUUGAAACCGCACAGCUACCAGACAUUUCAUAGCAACAUCACCUUCGCAGCUUGGAGGCAUGUUCCUUCCACGUACCUCUAUUGUCUCAGGGAUGAGGCUAUCCCACUUGCAGUACAGAAAAUGAUGGUGCAGGAGGUCGCUAAAGGGGUUGAGAUUCACACUCAAGUUGUGGAUGCAUCUCACAGUCCUUUUUAUUCAGCGCCAGACCAAGUGGCAGCUGCCAUCAAAGCCGCCAGUCUGCAAUCCUGA